UCCUUAUUCUUGCGGCAUUUUUUGCCUCCAUUUCGAUCCUUUCCUUGGACGUUGUAUAUUUUGUUUGUUUUUAGUUCGUGUUUCUGUUCUCCCGUUGCUCAAGAUUCUAGCUAAAGGAGUUGAAACAUGAAGCUCGAUACCAGUGGUCUUCAAACAAGUGCUCCGCUGUUUGGACCAAAAAUGGAGAUUUUGGAAGGGUUUUCAGCUGCUCCAUCCUUCGAAGUCCCUAAUUCCAGUGACUUUGAUGGCUUUCAGAAAGAGGCCAUUCAGAUGGUGAAGCCAGCUAAAGGAACAACAACACUGGCUUUCAUUUUUAAGGAAGGAGUCAUGGUUGCUGCUGAUUCGCGUGCCAGCAUGGGAGGCUAUAUAUCAUCGCAAUCUGUGAAAAAGAUUAUUGAAAUCAAUCCUUACAUGCUUGGCACAAUGGCUGGAGGUGCUGCCGAUUGCCAGUUUUGGCACAGAAACCUCGGUGUCAAGUGCCGCCGUCACGAAUUAGCAAACAAGCGCCGGAUUUCAGUUGCAGGAGCAUCAAAGUUACUGGCAAACAUUCUAUACUCCUAUCGUGGAAUGGGUCUUUCUGUUGGGACUAUGAUUGCUGGAUGGGAUGAAACAGGUCCUGGUCUAUACUACGUAGACAGUGAGGGAGGGAGGCUAAAAGGAACAAGAUUUUCUGUUGGAUCUGGUUCACCUUAUGCCUACGGUGUCUUGGAUAAUGGAUAUCGUUAUGACUUGUCUGUUGAAGAAGCUGCCGAACUUGCUAGACGAGCUAUUUAUCACGCAACUUUCCGAGAUGGAGCCAGUGGUGGAGUUGCUAGCGUUUAUUAUGUGGGACCAAAUGGAUGGAAAAAGCUUUCUGGCGAUGAUGUAGGGGAACUUCACUACAACUACUACCCAGUCACGCCAACCACAGUGGAUCAGGAAAUGGCUGAAAACAUUGAUUGAUAAUCAAUCCGACACAGACAUAUAAGCAGGUUAAGACGCUUUCUCCCUGUUCAUUUGUGCCAAGGGGGAAGAUGAUUCUAAAGAGAUGCUGUAGGUGUAAACUUUACAGAUCCUUAGAAGGUUUGAUUCUAGUACUUUAAGGAUCUUUCUGUCAUGUUAUUACAAUUAUGGCUGCUUGGAGGAGAUAUUGUGUCUAUGUUUCCUAAAUUUUUAAUCCAUUUCUCCAUUGGACUACCUUAUUACCA